UGCUGCGUAUGUCUCCUCAAUGGCGAGGGCGCAGAUUCUUUCCUUCUUUUCGGCGACUUUCCCCACGAAGCCGUAGGUCAACAGUCAAUCAGUUGUUGCGGUUACGCUAGAAUGGAUUCUCUGCUAUCGAAAUCCGGUAAAAUUCGGCGAGUUCGGGGCUUUUCUCGCAAUGGAGGAGCAGUAGAAGAGGAUGGUCAAAAGUGGGUGUGGCCCUCCCUAGAAUCAUCUGCAUCCUGGCAAAUCACACCUGUAGAGAUGGGCACGGGCCAUCGAUGCUGUACGCGCCGCCCCUCCAAAGUUUUCUUUUAAUAGCAGUUUACUGUGUCUGGAUAGGAAGAUAAACAAAACCAUGAUUGGAUGUGUGUUCCAGAGGUUGCAAGAGUGGACGCGGACAGAAGUGGUGCCAUUUCUGCGAAGGAGCUACAGACCGCCUUGUCCAAUGGAACCUGGACUCCCUUCAACCCUGAAACUGUCAGGCUUAUGAUAGGGAUGUUUGACAGGGACAACACCGGAACCAUCAACUUCCAGGAGUUCCAGUCCCUGUGGAAGUACAUCACGGACUGGCAGAACACCUUCCGCAGUUACGACAGGGACAACUCAGGGAGUAUCGACAGGAACGAGCUCAAGACUGCUCUGACAAGUUUCGGUUAUAGACUGUCCGACCGAUUCUAUGACAUCCUGAUUAGGAAGUUUGACCGUCAUGGCAGAGGGCAGAUUCAUUUUGACGACUUCAUUCAGUGUUGUGUCACGAUACAGACCCUGACUGGAUCCUUCCAACAGUUUGACACCAACAGAAACGGCUGGAUUGACAUCUCCUACGAGCAGUUCCUCACCCUUGUCUUCAGCCUUAAGUCAUAGACUUCACCUUCCAGACUAUUGUAGACAAUAAAGUUUGCAACCUAGUGGAGUAUUAGGGGAAUGUAAGGUUCAAGAUACAAUGUAACUGUACAAAUCUUUGCAUCACUCCAAUUUUGAAAUCUCUCUCUACAAAUUCCAAGGAUGAUUCCACAAAUUAUGUAUACAUGUAACAGUUUGCCAUACUACAGCAAAGCAGCCACGUCUUGACAGGUGCAUAACAGGUGAAAUGUGGUGCCAGGUGUACUUUGUAUUUCCGUGAUCCUUUGCCACAAGAUUUAGAUUUGCCCUCCGUAUAUAGCAUGUAUAUAAACUGAAACGUUUCCUUUCUAAAAGUCUGUGUACAGUAUUGAUGUGUAAGGCGUGUGAAUGGCAGACCAUGAGGGUACAUGUAUGUGGACUUUGAAAGAAAUACUAUUUUGCUACAAAAGAAGCCAUAUAGUGUGCCUAUUUGCAGUGUAUUGUCUGUCAUCUUCCAAAAGAGCAUUCCACUGAUGUUGUAUAAUAUAAUAUCAUGGAAGUAAGGCUGGUUCUGGCAGUUGGCAACAAUACUGUACUAAGUGUUUCGCCUGUGAAGUGGAAUAAAAAGUGACAACAUAGAAAAUGAACAAAAACAAAAAUUACACCCAGGAGUAAACCAUAAAUCAGCAAAGAAAGAAAUACACCCGGAGAGAAACCAAAGGGAUGCGGCUAGGCCUAGGCCAAAGAGGAAGGACUGUAAAGGACAUACUAGAUGUAAAGGUGCAUGUGAUAGUGGACCGUGAUACUGCACACAAUAUUUAGUUUGUGCAUAGGAUGUGUGUUCGCCUGUCUUACACUUGCUGUGUAGACCACAACUCUUCAAUGUGCAUGUAAAAAA